UUCAGUUCUUCUAUUUCGAAAAGAUUGAAAUAUGAUGCUUACGAACAAUUUAGUUUGGUUACUUAUAGUAUCAAUUCUCCUAGUGCAAGAGAGUAAUGCGAGUUGUGCAGAAUGGAAACAACUUGAAACAACGUGUGGCAGCUACUGUUUCAAGGUCUUGAGACCUAUAUUAGAUCACACAAAGGCAUUGCAAAGCCAAGUCAAUGAUUCUAAGCAUCAAACUGAAUGUCUAAUGCAACCGAAGAGGAAUGAGGAUUUAUCAGGAAAGUUUCAUAAUAUUACACGUGAGAUUGACAAUUUAAAUCAGAAACUAGAUUACCUGGCUAAAACCGAGAAUGUCGAGCAACUGCAGAAUAGGUUAGAUGCACUUGAAAAAAAGUUGGAUCAGAAAUUUGAAAAUAUUGUUAAAUUAACUAAAUCUGUCGCAGUGAAUGACGGCAAAGUAUUACUUUUUGGGAAACCAUUUCAAAAAAUCGGAUCAAAAUAUUAUUAUGUUGAGACUACCGAAAAAGUUACCUGGUUUGUCGCUGCUCAUAAAUGCCUAGAAUAUGGAGGACAUCUGGCGAGUAUUCAAAGCUCAUGCGAGGUUUCCGAGCUAAACGCUCACCUGCUGUCUAAUACCGAAUAUUGGAUUGAUAUCAAUGAUCUGGGUACCGAGGGAGUUUAUCUUUCGGCAACCACAGGCUUCCCGGCCAGCUACUUGAGUUGGAAUAAAAUAGAACCCAACAAUGUAAACAACAGUGAACAUUGCGUUAUAUACAACAAAGAUUAUCACAUGAAUGAUGAUAAUUGUCAAGUAAAACAUAGGUUUAUUUGUGAAUACUAGUGUGUAAGUUAAAAGAAGAAAUAAAAUUUAAUAUAAUUUAUA